AUGACAGUAUCACAAACAAGUGAUAUUCAAGAACUCCUCAAUAAAAUUGAAGAAAUUUUGAAACGGCUUAGCCAGUCAUCUGGUUUCUUAUUUCAGUAUCAGAUUCAAAGAGGAGGAAAGACAUCGGGUAACAGACAGUAUUCAGCUCAGUUUCCGUCACAAACUGGUUCAAAUAAUAAUGGUCAACAAACUCAACAAUCACAGACUCAGGGGUCAGGGAGUUACAGUCAGUCACAAAUGAGUGGACAACAGAGUCAGCAACAGUCAAGUAACUCACAGUUUCCAAACUCACCAACAAGUGAUAAUAAGUCACGAUCACCCAACAGUCCGCAGUUUCAGAUCCCCUCGCAAAGUGACGACCAAUCAAAUUUAGCUGAUAGUGCUCGAUUCGGUGACAUGUCCGCACCAGCUGGUAGCUCACAAAUGCCGUUUAGUCAAGAAUUCCCAUCCUCUCCCCAGUCACCCAGCUCGUCUCAAACAUCCGGUCAACCACAAUCCUCCUCCUCCUCAUCCUUCCAGUCACCCAGCUCGUCUCAAACAUCCGGUCAACCACAAUCCUCCUCCUCCUCCUCAUUCCAGUCACCCAGCUCGUCUCAGACAUCUGGUCAACCACAAGCCUCCUCGUCCUCCUCGUUCCAGUCACCGAGCUCCUCUCAAACAUCCGGUCAACCACAAUCCUCCUCCUCCUCAUUCCAGUCACCCAGCUCAUCUCAGACAUGCGGUCAACCACAAUCCUCCUCGUCCUCCUCAUUCCAGUCACCCAGCUCGUCUCAGACAUCCGGUCAACCACAAUCCUCCUCCUCCUCAUUCCAGUCACCCAGCUCAUCUCAGACAUCCGGUCAACCACAAUCCUCCUCCUCCUCAUUCCAGUCACCCAGCUCGCCUCAGACAUCCGGUCAACCACAAUCCUCCUCGUCCUCCUCGUUCCAGUCACCGAGCUCGUCUCAAACAUCCGGUCAACCACAAUCCUCCUCGUCCUCCUCAUUCCAGUCACCCAGCUCGUCUCAGACAUCCGGUCAACCACAAUCCUCCUCCUCCUCAUCCUUCCAGUCACCCGGCUCGUCUCAGACAUCCGGUCAACCACAAUCCUCCUCCUCCUCCUCAUUCCAGUCACCCAGCUCACCUCAGACAUCCGGUCAACCACAAUCCUCCUCGUCCUCCUCGUUCCAGUCACCGAGCUCAUCUCAAACAUCUGGUCAACCACAAUCCUCCUCCUCCUCCUCAUUCCAGUCACCCAGCUCACCUCAGACAUCCGGUCAACCACAAUCCUCCUCGUCCUCCUCGUUCCAGUCACCGAGCUCGUCUCAGACAUCCGGUCAACCACAAUCCUCCUCCUCCUCAUCCCUCCAGUCACCCGGCUCGUCUCAGACAUCCGGUCAACCACAAUCCUCCUCCUCCUCAUCCUUCCAGUCACCCAGCUCGUCUCAAACAUCUGGUCAACCACAAGCCUCCUCGUCCUCCUCAUUCCAGUCACCCAGCUCGUCUCGAACAUCCGGUCAACCACAAUCCUCCUCCUCCUCAUUCCAGUCACCCAGCUCAUCUCAGACAUCCGGUCAACCACAAUCCUCCUCCUCCUCAUUCCAGUCACCCAGCUCGCCUCAGACAUCCGGUCAACCACAAUCCUCCUCGUCCUCCUCGUUCCAGUCACCGAGCUCGUCUCAAACAUCCGGUCAACCACAAUCCUCCUCCUCCUCAUCCUUCCAGUCAUCCAGCUCGUCUCAGACAUCCGGUCAACCACAAUCCUCCUCCUCCUCAUCCUUCCAGUCACCCGGCUCGUCUCAGACAUCCGGUCAACCACAAUCCUCCUCCUCCUCCUCAUUCCAGUCACCCAGCUCACCUCAGACAUCCGGUCAACCACAAUCCUCCUCGUCCUCCUCGUUCCAGUCACCGAGCUCAUCUCAAACAUCUGGUCAACCACAAUCCUCCUCCUCCUCAUCCUUCCAGUCACCCAGCUCGUCUCAGACAUCCGGUCAACCACAAUCCUCCUCCUCCUCAUCCUUCCAGUCACCCAGCUCGUCUCAAACAUCUGGUCAACCACAAGCCUCCUCGUCCUCCUCAUUCCAGUCACCCAGCUCGUCUCGAACAUCCGGUCAACCACAAUCCUCUUCCUCCUCCUUCCAGUCACCGAGCUCGUCUCAGACAUCCGGUUAA